UCAAGCAAGAGAGCUCACGAUCAAUCAUGGCUACGCAGAACUGUGCUAAUACUAGCGGAGUAUUGUGGGAGCGAGCCAAGCAACUACUGAAAAGGGAUGAUUAUGAACGACUUAAAACUGCGAUAAAAACGUUCUCUAAGACACGAUCGGUGGAAGGACUGUGUUCGGAUCUCUUCAAGAUUGUCAAUUCCCGCUCGAAGGUUGAUAUUCUUGUAGAAGUCAGGCGAUGUCUUCCAGAGAAUCUGAGGAAUAGCUUUACCCGACAUUGCAAUGAGAUACUCGAAGCCGAUGUCAAACGAGAAGGAGACGAUUUAAGAAAAAAGAGGAAAAUAGAAGCGAAGGGAGGAGAAAACACUGCACCAAAUUUUCAAGGAAGCCCAGCCAAGAAGACCAAGCCAGAAAAGGAAAAAUCACGGAGAUCCGGAGCAGUGGAGAGGAUUUCACAAGGGCCUGUUUGCUCAAAAGAAUCUGCUAGCUUGGGUAAUGAAGCUCAAAAGGCUGUCUUACUCGAUUCUGUUGACUCUGACAAAAAAAGCAAAAUCGUCGUUCUUGAAAGGAAAUCCUUGAGUCAGGGAUUUGGUUUCAAGAUUCGAGGUGGAACUUGUCAUCACCCUUCAAUAACCGUGGCUCAAGUGAGAAAACAUUCACUCGCUGACAGGCACGGAUUGAAAACAGGCGAUAAGAUUAUUCGAGUUAAUAACCAGCGUUGUGGAAGAAGAAAUCUUGUGGACGUAGCCCAAGUGAUUGCAAAUUUAAUCAAGGCAUCGAAGACACUUCAUAUGACGAUCAUUUCUGCUGAGGAUGUCCCCGAAAAAGAAUGCAAAAUUCGCGACAAAGCUGAAACAGCUGUUAGAGUAGAGGAGAAAAGAUUCUCAACAAUUUCAGUUCAUUCCAAUGAAGAUGGUUGGUUAGGCUGUUGUAUAAGGGGUGGUACUGAUUAUGGUUGUGAUGUGCAUGUUAUCUCUGUUGAUAACCAUUCUCCCGCACAGAGGGCUGGGUUAAAGACAGGAGAUGUGAUAACUAAGGUGAAUGGAAUCAGGACAAGGGACUUAACGCAUGUUCAAGUGGUAAGACUUGUUAUUUUGUCAGGUCCUUGUGUCAAAUUUUCUGUGACGUCAGAAAGUAAACCAAGGAAGAGGUUAAGGCCAGAGAUGGUCAGAGAGGAAGCUACCCCACUGCAAACCCAGUAUCAUGGAUCCCAUAACAUGACUUCCCCAGGAAGCCCAACCUCCAGAGGGCUUCACCCUCCAGGUUAUCAACAGAAUCUCUGUGAUGCAGUAAUUGACUCUCCUUCACAACUUCCUAUGGGUGUAAUGAAUCUAAAUUGUAUGCCACCUCCUCCCUACACCCCUGAGGUACCAUUGAGACACAGGGUGUUAGCAAGGGGAGAGGAGGGAAACAAAGAAAUUGAUGGACAGGCACAACAGUGUAUUGAUUUCAUACAAGAACCACAGAUUACCCAGGACCAACAGGUACCCCUGGAUAUUCAACAUCAACAAGAACCAUUAGGAGUGCUUCAGCAACAAAUACAAAAUGCCUCUACCCAACAAGAGGAAGUGAUUGACACCAAUGAAUCAAGCUUUAAUGGAAACAAAGAAACUGUACCUCAAGAGAGUGGGAUUAUGGAAAAUGAUGAUGCACCUGCACAAAUUUUUAUUCUGGAAGAACUUGACGUGCCAUCAAUGGAGAGAGAAGCUUUGAUCAAUGACUCUCAAGGAGAAAUGUCAACAAGAUUGGUGCCUCCUCUGCCACUGCCACCACCACCACUUGAGAGUGAUGACGACUCUCCUUCUGCCAGCCCAUCCUCAGUCCCAGGUAGUGGAAGAGAAUCCUUUCUCAGCCAGAUAAGGCAAUUUGACAAAACAAGUUUGAAGAAACCAGAUGUGAAUCCUGAGGUUACUAAUUGUAAUCAGCUUCAAAGGAUUUCCUUUAAAAGUAAUCCUGGACUAGAUGACAUGAGGCAGAUGACAAAGGAAAAAAAGAACAGUCCACAGGGUAAUGGUGCUCUAGAGAAAGGAGACUCCAUGGACUUACUAUCUGCUCUUCGUCAAGCAAUGAAACACAGAGCCAAAGUACUGCAUGAUACCUUAAUGGAUGAAGGCAAUGAAAGUGAUGAUGAUGAUAAUGACAACCUUGACAACACCAACAACGAUAAUGGUAGUGAAAAUGAGUGGGAACUGUGAAUUUAAUUUUUAUUUCUUAUUUUUGCACAGUGUGUACAUUUGCAGGAAAAUCAUUUCUGAUGUUGUAUGCUUGCAAAAUCAUUAUGCUUUGAGAAGAAGGAAAUAACACACCAUGUGAAAAGUGAUAAUUUAAUGUUCAGUGAUUCAAUGUAUGAUCUUUUGAAACAAGAGAUCUACAGUGCCUCUUUUAAAAUCAUUCUAAAUGUCAGUUGGUAACCAAAUGAAUAUAAAUGCA